AUGGAUGGUGACGAAAAAGAGCCCCUUCUGGUCGUGAUUAUUACUCCGAGCAGUCAAUUUUCUGUUCGUAACUCCUUUACCAGACACGAGGGAGCUGGUACUUGUCGUAUUCCCCUUACUGGACACGAGGAUGCUGGUAAACUGACCCCCGCGUCUGGAUCGUCACAAGUCGAGGAUGUUUUCGAUGGUUUGCCACCGUUGGCCUCCUCGAAGCUCCGCUGUGAUGACGACGGUCGGCGGGAUUCUCCGAGGAAAAUCGUGAAGAGGGAUUUUCUGUUGAGAGACGAUCACGUCCUGAUUGGAUGGGAACGCACAUCUCUUUGCUUUGGAUUUUGCGGGAUAGUAUCGCCCUGUAUCCCCUCUGCCCAUCGUACUCCAGCCCCCACUCGAUCUCCUAAUCCAAUGAUGAUUCCUCAUAACAGAAUCUCGAGUUUCAAAACUCUGAAACAAGGAGGGCAAGACUCCUUUUUCUAUUUAAUACCGCCUCUCAAAAUCACUCCUCUCCUGCAUACAAAACAUCACGAGAGUUUGAGGGUGAUUGAAAGAAAUUCAUCCCUCUCAAGCCAGAAGCUUCAGUCCGGUUUGUGGCCACCAUCCCUUCCCUGCCCCGAUUUUGCCCUCCACCCGAGAGCGAAGUCUGCGGUGGACUUUGCUCCAAACCGUGCUUCAUACCCUAUACUGGAUACCCACUAG